CAAAAGACGAUACAAAAGCCCGGACUCGUCCUCAACUACUACUACUUACUACUACUUACUGCUACUCACUACUACUCACUACUACUCACUCACCAUGGGCGACUUCGACUUCAACAACAACUCGCAUAGGCGCUACAACCCACUCCUCGACUCCUGGAUCCUCGUCUCGCCACACCGGACCCAGCGGCCCUGGCAGGGACAGCAGGAAAAGACCGCCGGCGACGCUCUUCCUUCAUACGACCCGGCCUGCUACCUCUGCCCCGGAAACACGCGCAUCACCGGGGAGAAGAACCCAAAGUACGAGUCGACCUACUUCUUCGUCAACGACUACGCGGCCGUCAAGCUCGACCAGCCCGACUACGUCACCCCGCAGACGUCCGACGACGACGUCAAGAGCAGACUGUUCAAGGUCCAGGGCACAAAGGGGAACUGCUUCGUCAUCUGCUUCUCGCCCAAGCACAACGUCACUCUUCCGCUCAUGUCUGUUCCCGAGAUCCGCGUCGUCAUUAAUACCUGGACAGAUCUCUAUCUGAAGCUGCAGCGUGAGACCGCUUUCCGCUACAUGCAGGUGUUUGAGAAUAAAGGUGCCUCAAUGGGCUGCUCCAAUCCCCAUCCUCACUGCCAAGUUUGGUGCACAGAGAACGUCCCGACCGAUCCAGCAAAAGAACUCACAUCGUUCGGCGCAUACAAAGCAAAGCACAACACCUGCCUUCUCUGCGACUACCUCUCGGUCGAGCUUGCCGAGAAAUCCAGAAUCGUGCUCGAGAACGACUCCUUCGUCGCUCUCGUCCCCUUCUGGGCCGUCUGGCCGUUCGAGACCAUGAUCCUCGCCAAAUCCCACGUCGCUUCGCUCCCGGACUUUACAGACGCGCAAAAGGAAGAUCUGGCGGCGAUCAUCAAGACUCUCACCACCCGAUACGACAACCUCUUCCUCACCUCGUUCCCGUACUCGAUGGGUAUCCACCAGGCCCCGAUCAAACCCGUUGGCGACGAACACAGUCUCGCGCACUUCCACAUGCAUUUCUACCCUCCUCUUCUGCGCGGCGCGACCGUCAGAAAGUUCUUGGUCGGCUACGAGAUGCUGGCCGAGCCGCAGCGCGACUUGACUGCCGAGCAGGCCGCUGACCGGUUACGCGCCUUGGAUGACGUGCACUACUCUGAGAAGUCAACUUAAUGUUUAUAGAUCAAUUACUAGUACA